AUGGAGCGAACACAGCAGUGGCGAUCCAGGCGACGAGCGCGUCCGUCUGGUCUCGUCGUGGUCGUCGCGGUUGUGGUUGUCGUUGUCUGUGGGACGACGGCUACGCAGCUUGGCGACUACAGGCACCUCCAGGAGAGUACUUGGGAAAACGAUUAUAUUGAAGGCGUGCACGCUGACCCGAUGGUUGGGGCCGGUUCAGGAUGGCCUGGAGCAGGUUCUGUCGCUGACAUCAGCGCGAAGAAGCCGAUCGAUGCGUUACGGGUGUCAGCUGCGGGGUCGGGCGACGGAACGGAUUUGCAGUGGACGAAUGCACCGAUAGACGCUCCCGACAUGCCGGAUGCAUCGUCGAACAAUGGAAAUAGCUUGGAGUGGACAAAUGCACCAGCGGACGGUGUGCAGUCGUCAGCCUCCGGUUCGAACGAUGCAGUUGGCUUGCAGUGGACGAAUGCACCGAUAGACGCUCCCAAUAUGCCGGAUGCGUCGUCGAACAAUGGAAAUGGCUUGGAGUGGACAAAUGCACCAGCGGACGGUGUGCAGUCGUCAGGCUCCGAUUUGAACGAUGCAGUUGGCUUGCAGUGGACGAAUGCACCGAUAGACGCUCCCAAUAUGCCGGAUGCGUCGUCGAACAAUGGAAAUGGCUUGGAGUGGACAAAUGCACCAGCGGACGGUGUGCAGUCGUCAGGCUCCGAUUUGAACGAUGCAGUUGGCUUGCAGUGGACGAAUGCACCGAUAGACGCUCCCAAUAUGCCGGAUGCGUCGUCGAACAAUGGAAAUGGCUUGGAGUGGACAAAUGCACCAGCGGACGGUGUGCAGUCGUCAGGCUCCGAUUUGAACGAUGCAGUUGGCUUGCAGUGGACGAAUGCACCGAUAGACGCUCCCAAUAUGCCGGAUGCGUCGUCGAACAAUGGAAAUGGCUUGGAGUGGACAAAUGCACCAGCGGACGGUGUGCAGUCGUCAGGCUCCGAUUUGAACGAUGCAGUUGGCUUGCAGUGGACGAAUGCACCGAUAGACGCUCCCAAUAUGCCGGAUGCGUCGUCGAACAAUGGAAAUGGCUUGGAGUGGACAAAUGCACCAGCGGACGGUGUGCAGUCGUCAGCCUCGGAUUUGGACGAUGCAGUUGGCUUGCAGUGGACGAAUGCACCGAUAGACGCUCCCAAUAUACCGGAAGCGUCGUCGAGCAAUGGAAAUGGCUUGGAGUGGACAAAUGCACCAGCGGACGGUGUGCAGUCGUCAGGUUCCGAUUCGGACGAUGCAGUUGGCUUGCAGUGGACGAAUGCACCGAUAGACGCUCCCAAUAUGCCGGAAGCGUCCUUGAACAUUGGAAAUGGCUUGGAGUGGACAAAUGCACCAGCGGACGGUGUGCAGUCGUCAGCCUCGGAUUUGGACGAUGCAGAUGGCUUGCAGUGGACGAAUGCACCGACAGACGCUCCCAAUAUGCCGGAUGCGUCGUCGAACAAUGGAAAUGGCUUGGAGUGGACAAAUGCACCAGCGGACGGUGUGCAGUCGUCAGCCUCCGAUUCGGACGAUGCAGUUGGCUUGCAGUGGACGAAUGCACCGAUAGACACUCCCAAUAUGCCGGAUGCGUCGUCGAACAAUGGAAAUGGCUUGGAGUGGACAAAUGCACCAGCGGACGGUGUGCAGUCGUCAGCCUCCGAUUCGAACGAUGCAGAUGGCUUGCAGUGGACGAAUGCACCGACAGACGCUCCCAAUGUGCCGGAUGCGUCGUCGAACAAUGGAAAUGGCUUGGAGUGGACAAAUGCACCAGCGGACGGUGUGCAGUCGUCAGGUUCCGAUUCGAACGAUGCAGUUGGCUUGCAGUGGACGAAUGCACCGAUAGACGCUCCCAAUAUGCCGGAUGCGUCGUCGAACAAUGGAAAUGGCUUGGAGUGGACAAAUGCACCAGCGGACGGUGUGCAGUCGUCAGCUUCCGAUUCGGACGAUGCAGAUGGCUUGCAGUGGACGAAUGCACCGAUAGACGCUCCCAAUGUGCCGGAUGCGUCGUCGAACAAUGGAAAUGGCUUGGAGUGGACAAAUGCACCAGCGGACGGUGUGCAGUCGUCAGCCUCGGAUUUGGACGAUGCAGUAGGCUUGCAGUGGACGAAUGCACCGACAGACGCUCCCAAUAUGCCGGAUGCGUCGUCGAACAAUGGAAAUGGCUUGGAGUGGACAAAUGCACCAGCGGACGGUGUGCAGUCGUCAGCCUCCGGUUCGGACGAUGCAGUUGGCUUGCAGUGGACGAAUGCACCGACAGACGCUCCCAAUAUGCUGGAUGCGUCGUCGAACAAUGGAAAUGGCUUGGAGUGGACAAAUGCACCAGCGGACGGUGUGCAGUCGUCAGGUUCCGGUUCGGACGAUGCAGUUGGCUUGCAGUGGACGAAUGCACCGAUAGACGCUCCCAAUGUGCCGGAUGCGUCGUCGAACAAUGGAGAUGGCUUGGAGUGGACAAAUGCACCAGCGGACGGUGUGCAGUCGUCAGCCUCGGAUUUGGACGAUGCAGUUGGCUUGCAGUGGACGAAUGCACCGAUAGACGCUCCCAAUAUGCUGGAUGCGUCGUCGAACAAUGGAAAUGGCUUGGAGUGGACAAAUGCACCAGCGGACGGUGUGCAGUCGUCAGGCUCCGAUUCGGACGAUGCAGUUGGCUUGCAGUGGACGAAUGCACCGACAGACGCUCCCAAUAUGCCGGAUGCGUCGUCGAACAAUGGAAAUGGCUUGGAGUGGACAAAUGUACCAGCGGACGGUGUGCAGUCGUCAGCCUCCGGUUCGGACGACGCAGUUGGCUUGCAGUGGACGAAUGCACCGAUAGACGCUCCCAAUAUGCCGGAUGCGUCGUCGAACAAUGGAAAUGGCUUGGAGUGGACAAAUGUACCAGCGGACGGUGUGCAGUCGUCAGCCUCCGGUUCGGACGACGCAGUUGGCUUGCAGUGGACGAAUGCACCGAUAGACGCUCCCAAUAUGCCGGAUGCGUCGUCGAACAAUGGAAAUGGCUUGGAGUGGACAAAUGCACCAGCGGACGGUGUGCAGUCGUCAGCCUCGGAUUUGGACGAUGCAGAUGGCUUGCAGUGGACGAAUGCACCGAUAGACGCUCCCAAUGUGCCGGAUGCGUCGUCGAACAAUGGAGAUGGCUUGGAGUGGACAAAUGCACCAGCGGACGGUGUGCAGUCGUCAGGUUCCGAUUCGAACGAUGCAGUUGGCUUGCAGUGGACGAAUGCACCGAUAGACGCUCCCAAUAUGCCGGAUGCGUCGUCGAACAAUGGAAAUGGCUUGGAGUGGACAAAUGCACCAGCGGACGGUGUGCAGUCGUCAGGUUCCGAUUCGGACGAUGCAGAUGGCUUGCAGUGGACGAAUGCACCGAUAGACGCUCCCAAUGUGCCGGAUGCGUCGUCGAACAAUGGAAAUGGCUUGGAGUGGACAAAUGCACCAGCGGACGGUGUGCAGUCGUCAGCCUCGGAUUUGGACGAUGCAGAUGGCUUGCAGUGGACGAAUGCACCGACAGACGCUCCCAAUAUGCCGGAUGCGUCGUCGAACAAUGGAAAUGGCUUGGAGUGGACAAAUGUACCAGCGGACGGUGUGCAGUCGUCAGGUUCCGAUUCGGACGAUGCAGUUGGCUUGCAGUGGACGAAUGCACCGAUAGACACUCCCAAUAUGCCGGAUGCGUCGUCGAACAAUGGAGAUGGCUUGGAGUGGACAAAUGUACCAGCGGACGGUGUGCAGUCGUCAGGCUCCGAUUCGGACGAUGCAGAUGGCUUGCAUUGGACGAAUGCACCGAUAGACGCUCCCAAUGUGCCGGAUGCGUCGUCGAACAAUGGAAAUGGCUUGGAGUGGACAAAUGCACCAGCGGACGGUGUGCAGUCGUCAGCCUCCGAUUCGAACGAUGCAGUUGGCUUGCAGUGGACGAAUGCACCGAUAGACGCUCCCAAUAUGCCGGAUGCGUCGUCGAACAAUGGAAAUGGCUUGGAGUGGACAAAUGCACCAGCGGACGGUGUGCAGUCGUCAGGUUCCGAUUCGGACGAUGCAGUUGGCUUGCAGUGGACGAAUGCACCGAUAGACGCUCCCAAUGUGCCGGAUGCGUCGUCGAACAAUGGAAAUGGCUUGGAGUGGACAAAUGCACCAGCGGACGGUGUGCAGUCGUCAGGCUCCGAUUUGGACGAUGCAGUUGGCUUGCAGUGGACGAAUGCACCGACAGACGCUCCCAAUAUGCCGGAUGCGUCGUCGAACAAUGGAAAUGGCUUGGAGUGGACAAAUGUACCAGCGGACGGUGUGCAGUCGUCAGCCUCCGGUUCGGACGAUGCAGUUGGCUUGCAGUGGACGAAUGCACCGAUAGACACUCCCAAUAUGCCGGAUGCGUCGUCGAACAAUGGAAAUGGCUUGGAGUGGACAAAUGUACCAGCGGACGGUGUGCAGUCGUCAGGCUCCGAUUCGGACGAUGCAGAUGGCUUGCAGUGGACGAAUGCACCGAUAGACGCUCCCAAUGUGCCGGAUGCGUCGUCGAACAAUGGAAAUGGCUUGGAGUGGACAAAUGCACCAGCGGACGGUGUGCAGUCGUCAGCCUCCGGUUCGGACGAUGCAGUUGGCUUGCAGUGGACGAAUGCACCGAUAGACACUCCCAAUAUGCCGGAUGCGUCGUCGAACAAUGGAAAUGGCUUGGAGUGGACAAAUGUACCAGCGGACGGUGUGCAGUCGUCAGGCUCCGAUUCGGACGAUGCAGAUGGCUUGCAUUGGACGAAUGCACCGAUAGACGCUCCCAAUGUGCCGGAUGCGUCGUCGAACAAUGGAAAUGGCUUGGAGUGGACAAAUGCACCAGCGGACGGUGUGCAGUCGUCAGCCUCCGAUUCGAACGAUGCAGUUGGCUUGCAGUGGACGAAUGCACCGAUAGACGCUCCCAAUAUGCCGGAUGCGUCGUCGAACAAUGGAAAUGGCUUGGAGUGGACAAAUGCACCAGCGGACGGUGUGCAGUCGUCAGGUUCCGAUUCGGACGAUGCAGUUGGCUUGCAGUGGACGAAUGCACCGAUAGACGCUCCCAAUGUGCCGGAUGCGUCGUCGAACAAUGGAAAUGGCUUGGAGUGGACAAAUGCACCAGCGGACGGUGUGCAGUCGUCAGCUUCCGAUUCGAACGAUGCAGAUGGCUUGCAGUGGACGAAUGCACCGAUAGACACUCCCAAUAUGCCGGAUGCGUCGUCGAACAAUGGAAAUGGCUUGGAGUGGACAAAUGUACCAGCGGACGGUGUGCAGUCGUCAGGCUCCGAUUCGGACGAUGCAGAUGGCUUGCAGUGGACGAAUGCACCGAUAGACGCUCCCAAUAUGCCGGAUGCGUCGUCGAACAAUGGAAAUGGCUUGGAGUGGACAAAUGUACCAGCGGACGGUGUGCAGUCGUCAGCCUCCGGUUCGGACGAUGCAGUUGGCUUGCAGUGGACGAAUGCACCGAUAGACACUCCCAAUAUGCCGGAUGCGUCGUCGAACAAUGGAAAUGGCUUGGAGUGGACAAAUGCACCAGCGGACGGUGUGCAGUCGUCAGGCUCCGAUUCGGACGAUGCAGAUGGCUUGCAGUGGACGAAUGCACCGAUAGACGCUCCCAAUGUGCCGGAUGCGUCGUCGAACAAUGGAAAUGGCUUGGAGUGGACAAAUGCACCAGCGGACGGUGUGCAGUCGUCAGGCUCCGAUUCGGACGAUGCAGAUGGCUUGCAGUGGACGAAUGCACCGAUAGACACUCCCAAUAUGCCGGAUGCGUCGUCGAACAAUGGAAAUGGCUUGGAGUGGACAAAUGCACCAGCGGACGGUGUGCAGUCGUCAGGUUCCGAUUCGGACGAUGCAGUUGGCUUGCAGUGGACGAAUGCACCGAUAGACGCUCCCAAUAUGCCGGAUGCGUCGUCGAACAAUGGAGAUGGCUUGGAGUGGACAAAUGCACCAGCGGACGGUGUGCAGUCGUCAGCCUCGGAUUUGGACGAUGCAGAUGGCUUGCAGUGGACGAAUGCACCGAUAGACGCUCCCAAUAUGCCGGAUGCGUCGUCGAACAAUGGAAAUGGCUUGGAGUGGACAAAUGUACCAGCGGACGGUGUGCAGUCGUCAGGUUCCGAUUCGGACGAUGCAGUUGGCUUGCAGUGGACGAAUGCACCGAUAGACACUCCCAAUAUGCCGGAUGCGUCGUCGAACAAUGGAAAUGGCUUGGAGUGGACAAAUGUACCAGCGGACGGUGUGCAGUCGUCAGGCUCCGAUUCGGACGAUGCAGAUGGCUUGCAGUGGACGAAUGCACCGAUAGACGCUCCCAAUAUGCCGGAUGCGUCGUCGAACAAUGGAAAUGGCUUGGAGUGGACAAAUGCACCAGCGGACGGUGUGCAGUCGUCAGCCUCGGAUUUGGACGAUGCAGAUGGCUUGCAGUGGACGAAUGCACCGAUAGACGCUCCCAAUAUGCCGGAUGCGUCGUCGAACAAUGGAAAUGGCUUGGAAUGGAAUUACGCGUCGAUUGAUGGUUCCUCUUCCCUACAUGUAUCCGGCUCUUUUGACGAGGUGCCUUCUACAGCCUUACCCGAGUCUGCUACAAUAACUUUUGCACCAGCUGUGUCGCCGUUGACUCCUGAGCCGACGCCAUGGAGCCCCGCUCCGGUUCGAAGUGACCCCAGGGCAAAGCAUCCUUCAACUAUAGGUGUUUCUGGUUCCGGCAGCUCCUCAACUCUUGCGGGAUCUUCUGGCUCCGGUUCCUCGUUGUUGCCAUCUGGAUCAGCAGGGUCAUCCUCAGAGUCCUCAGCAGACACAACAUUCAGUCCCCCACCGGUGCCCAGUGAUCCACGAAGGAACCCACCACCGGCUUCAGCGCAUGAAUCGAAAUCAGGGGUAAACUCGAGCGUGUCCUCAUCCUCCGGAUCGGCGACAACAUCUCUAGCGACAGCCGAUUUAAGUACGUCGGGCUCGUCGGAUGGGGCAUGGAGCCCUCCCCCGGUGACGAGUGUACCGAAGGCGAUUACGCCUCCGUCGUCUACGUCUCCUACGAAUGCCAGUAGUUCAUCGUCUUCGAGCUCGGGUGCCGCGGCUUCAUCUGGAUCCUCGGACUCAUCUAAGCAUGGUGUGAGUACCACCUCAUCAGCGGCUUUGGACCCGGCAAUGCUUCUGGAUGAAAGUACGCCGAGUCCUGCGCCGGUGACAAGAGCUCGCACAGUGACAAGCGCUCCCACAGUGACGGCAGGUUCAACUGGAUCAUUUGACGAAGUCGCCGACGUAUCACAAAUGGAGCUAACUUCAUCAGAAGCGUCUACAUUUGAUACAGCGACACCGAGCCCGGCACCAGUGCCCAGAUCUCCUUUAUCGAGGACGGUGACCAUGCCUCCGUCUUCGUCUCUAUUGGACUCAGUGGCGACAGUAGCUCCUGCUGAUGCAAAUAGUAUCGACAGUGCAGAAGCAGAGGCGGUCACGCAGCGGACUGAUUCUAACAGCAAGGAUACUGCGGACAAUGAUAACCACAUGGUUUUGCUCGGUGACACGGGCACGGCACUCGUAUACUCGGAUGGAAACAAGGUCACAACAUUCGACAAGUACGACCGCAAUGAGGGUGGUUUACGGACACUGAAAGACGGAAUCGACUCGUUCAACAACACUCUCGUCGGGGGCGGCAACCGAUCAAAUCUGCCACCAGGUGCUUCAAUCUCACUGUCUUCUACGCUACAGCAGACACAGAAUGCGCUGCUCUACACUAGCUGCGCCCUCGGGAUCGUGUCCAGUGUUCUGCUGGUAAUCUUCCAUUUGUUGGCCCUCCAGCGCCCACCAUGGCUGGAUGAAUCUGUUGAUGGCAGUGAGCAAGGUGGAGGUAACAGUCGGGCCAACACGGGUUGGCUCACACCCAAUGUGUGGGAACUUGCCGUGGUGGUGGGGUACAUUCAGCAUGUAAACUCCAUUUCGAUGCUUGACUUGACGAAAGCGCCCCAGAUCGUAUUGGAUUUCACCGAUUCGUUCUCGUUCGCGAACCUCCACCUUUCCUCGGUGGCUGCUACUGCCGUCUCGGGUGUCUCGCGUCGGUUGCAGCUGAUCAUCUUGACAGGCGUUGUUGCCUUCUCCGACCGCAUUGGCAUCGACGAGAACGAAGCUCUCAUGACCUCAUUCUGGUUCUUCCUAGCGAUCGUAGCCGUUGUGAUUGUGCUCUUUGCUAUGGCUGCCGGUUUCGUAUUUUAUCGUCACCGGAUGUCUCCAAGCGCGUGGUCACCAUUCGCAACCGAUCUGCGCAGCAGCUUUGCCAUGUGUGUGGUUGGCCUCGGGGUGACAUUGUGGUUUCUCUGCAUUUUCCCUCUUGUGGCCAUGUCUUCGUUUGAGCUAGUCAUGGAGAUGCGCUACCGAGUCGGAAGUGGUCUCGCUGUAGCAUUGUUCUGCUUGUGGGCCGUCGUGUCUGGCGGGCUGUGUUACGUCUUUGUGAGCGUACGAGCCAUCCCGAUGAGCAAAGCGUUUCGCUUCAAGCAUUUCGCAGUGUGGGGGUCACUCUACGGUGGAUCCAGAAAACUUUUCCGCUACUUUUUCGUGGUGACAGCAAUCUUCCAGAUCUUCCUCGGCGUGGUCACAGGCGCCGUGUCUGGUGUACCGACUCAACUCGUGUCGUUGAUGGUGACACAUCUACUAUUUGUAGUUAUAGCGGUUAUCAUCCGCCCAUUUACCACAAAGUGGAUGCUGGGUGUGGUCGUGGGUCUUCGCAUCGUGGCCAUUGCAAACUUGCUGUGCAGUUUCGCGUUCCUUACGUCAAGCGAAAUGACGACGUACUGGCGCGGUAUUGUGGCGCAGGGUUUUGUGGCCUUCAACGCGAUCGUGUUCAUCCUGUUCUUCAUCCGCUACAUUGCCAUGUUCACCUUAGCACUAAAGCGCUGGUCGGGUUUCAUCCGCCGGGAUAGCGCGAUUCACUCGCAAGAGAGCUACGACGUUGAAAUUUGGACCACCAGAUCUCGUGAUGACCAUGCUACCAUCCAUUGA